AAGUACUAGUAGUAGUGAAUGCUACAUUACAUAGUACAUACCAUUCAAACUAAACCACUUUUUUUAAUGAUAUCAAUCAAUUAUAUCAAACAAAAACCAAACCCAAUUUUUCUCUCCAUCCAUUAGAACCAUGGGAGAAAAAGAGAAGACCAAGAACAACAAGAAGCAAAAGCAUCAACAUCCCAAUUCCCAAACAACCAAACAAACCUCAGAUUUCUCCUUCAAACCAAGCUCAGAGGUAAAAGGCAUAAGAUUUGGUGGCCAAUUCAUAGUAAAAUCAUUCCCAAUCAGAAAAGCAAAGCCCCUAGAGCUUCUCAAAGUUCUCUCUUUCCCACCAACAACAACACCAACAAACAAAUCCAAAUCUCACAAACUUCCUUUCCCUUCCACAACAGCCUUCUUGCCAACAAACUUCACAAUCCUAGCUCAUCAAGCAUGGCACACACUAACCCUAGGACUUGGUUCCAAGAAGUCAAAGGUUCUUGUCUUUGUGUUUGAAACUGAGGCUAUCAAGUGUUCUGUUGAUAGAAUUUGGCCUCAUGAGAUUGCACUUGGUGAUGUGAACAAGAAACUCAUCAAGGGUCUGUCUGGUUUUGAAAUGGCUAGAUUCAAAUUCAGAAAAGGGUGCUUGACUUUCUAUGUGUACGCUGUUAGAGAGAUUGGAAGCUUUGGUUUUCUUUGUGCUGAAGACUUGAAGAUCAUUCUUGAAUCUGUUGUUGAACUUAAGGAUUUCUUGGAUCAUACUGUUAUGCUCUCUAUGGCAAAUCAAAGAAGCAUUGGUUUCUCUAAAUCUCAAUCUCAAAAUCAAAAUCAGGUUGCAAUGGCUCAUUGAUUAAUCUUUUGUUAUAUUAAUAUAUACAUAUUCAUGAUUCUUGGUUUAGGAUGUGAAUUUGUUAACAUGUUUUUGUUUCUUAGUAUUUGUUUAUUUGUUGAUUAUCUUGUUUGAUUUUUUUUUUUUUGGAUUUGGAGAAAAAAAAAGUGUAAUUUAGAAUGAAUAAUUUUGGUGAUUGGUUUGAGUUGAGGUUGAAUUUGUCAUUUCACUAACUUAUUGAUGCAAAAGUUUGCAAGCUAGGAAUAUUGUAUUUUAGCUAUUCCUGGCAUUGCAAAAUCACUUUCUAGCAUCCCCUGGUUUUGUGAUAUUAGAUAUGUUCCUAAUUAAUCUAACAUUUAUUAAACAUAAAAAUUAAAAAUAAUCUAUAAAUACAUUAGUAAAUACAGUAUUUGUUGAAUCUUGAAAUUUUCACUGACUUUUUUUUUCUUUCAAGAAAUUUACUCUUGACUUUAAUAACUGCACUUUUAUAUAGCUAACACUAACUUU